AGGGGUGGCAUCUCUUUCUAUCCUCCACGUUUGUCCUUCCUGCACUUCGAGGGCCUGCGGAUCUCUCCGCAGCAGUCUCUGCGCCCGGCGUAUCUUCUUACCAACCGACUGGCUGAUCUCCCCACCAAGGGGCUCCUUCAGCGCGUCUCUGGGCGAUUCUAGACCGUCGUUAGUCCAAUGUGCCACCUGUGACGCCCGCUCCUGACUUCUUCGACUCCUCUUUUCCCCAUCCAACCGUCUCUCCUUAAAGUUUAACACUCAAGGUCCAAGACCUUGCACUUCAGCCAGCAUGAGGGUUUCUUUGCUGGCGUGGUCUCUUCUCUCUCUUGCCUCUAUUCCGACACUAGCCGCCCCAUCGAAUGAUGUCUCCCCGAACCACCAUCUCGUAAAGAGAAGCGACGUGAAGUCGGAGGUGCAGUCGACUACGUUCAAUGGCAUUGAGGUUCCACCUAUGAAGGCCUUGGGACCUGAUAACUUCGACGAAACUGUCAAAGAUGGUUACUGGUUCGUGAAACAAUACUCUCCGUCAUGCCCGCACUGCCAAAAGAUUGCUCCCACAUGGCAGACUCUGUAUGAAUAUUACUACACCUCCGACCCUUUGUCCUCGUCAUCAUCCAAGUCACCCGAAACCGAGUCCCUGAACUCCUUCCAUGGCUUCUACAACUUCCAUUUCGCGGAGAUGAAUUGUCUUGCACAUGGCGAUCUCUGUCGGAAACUCGACGUCAAGUAUUUCCCCACAUUUGCCCUGUACCACAAUGGUGAACUGGUUGAGCAGUACACUGGAAAGAAAAGCAUGGAAGCGCUCAGCGAAUACGUUGAGGACAAGCUGGAGCAGAUCAAGCCUGGGUCACGGCCUGCGCAAGGCCUGAACCUUCCCAAGCCGGGCGACAAAGGGGUGGACACCAAGGCUGAGCCGGAGACUCCUGUUGCUAAGGACAAGGAUCGUGAGGCGGGCGCCAAAGCUGGAGAAAAGCAUAACGAGCAGGCUGCGCAACUGGCCGCCGAAGAUGAACCCACUGAGAAGACAUCAUUCAAAUCCAAGCCCAAACCGAAGUCGGCCCCAGCAAACCCUCAGGGUAUCUCUGUUCCUCUCACCGCAGAAAGCUUUCAGAAACUUGUCACUACCACUCGGGACCCUUGGUUUAUCAAGUUUUAUGCGCCAUGGUGCCACCACUGUCAGGCCUUGGCUCCGAACUGGAGGGAAAUGGCCAAGGAAAUGCAAGGUGUUCUCAACGUUGGAGAAGUGAAUUGCGACACGGAGUCCCGGCUUUGCAAGGAUGCUCGAGUCAGCGCCUUCCCGACGAUGUAUUUCUUCCGCGGCGGUGAGAGGGUUGAGUACACCGGUCUUCGUGGCCUUGGAGAUCUCAUCAGCUAUGCCAAGACGGCUGUUGAUGUGGGAUCCGGCGUGCAGGAUGUCGAUGCCACCACUUUUAAGGAGUUGGAGGAGAAAGAAGAUGUUAUCUUCCUAUACUUCUAUGAUCACGCGACCACCUCGGAGGACUUUGAAGCUCUGGAGCGUUUGACCCUUAGCUUGGUCGGCCAUGCCAGGCUUGUCAAGACGAACAGCGCUGCUCUUGCUGAGAGGUUCAAGAUUUCGACCUGGCCACGCCUUCUUGUGUCUCGUGAUGGCCGUCCCAGCUACUACAAUGCUCUUGCUCCUAAGGACAUGCGCGACUUCCGCCAGAUUUUGAACUGGAUGCGCACUGUGUGGCUGCCUAUUGUACCCGAACUCACCGCCUCUAACGCACGGGAGAUCAUGGACGGCAAGUAUGUGGUUCUUGGUAUUCUGAGCCGGAAGCACUCGGAUGAGUUUUUACAAUCCAAGAGAGAGCUCAAGAAUGCCGCCCUGGAAUGGAUGGACAAGCAAACGCAACUGUUCCAGUUGGAGCGUGCAGAGCUGCGCGAUGCCAAGCAGCUGCGGAUCGAGGAAGCCGAAGACCGUAACGACCAGCGUGCCCUACGCGCAGCCAAGAACAUGCGUAUCACAAUUCGUGAAGACGACAAGAAGCAAGUCGGCUUCGCCUGGAUUGAUGGUGAUUUCUGGGAAAGGUGGCUGAGAACCACAUAUGGUAUCGACGUUGAGAAUGGCGAGCGCGUGAUUAUCAAUGACCAAGAUAACCGACGCUAUUGGGACACAUCUUCCAGCGGUGCAUCCAUCAUGGCCUCCCGGACUUCUAUCCUUGAGACCAUCCCCUUGGUCAUCGCAAACCCAUCGAAGCUUACACCGAAGUCCACCGUGGGUACCUUUGAGUCUGUCUUCUUCUUCACUCGGUCUUUCAUCAGUGGCCACCCGAUCAUUUUCUUCAUCCUUCUGACCCUGUCGGUUGCUGGAGCCACAAUUGUGGCUCGAGGACGAGCUGCUAGACGUGGGGGCCGUGGUGGCAUUCUCGGAGUCACCGGUAACACUGGCGGCGGUUUCUUCAAUCUCGAUGGAAAGGAAGGUCUUCUGAACGGCGGUUCCACGGGCAAGGUAGAUUGAUUCUGUUAGGGGUAUUGUACAGUUACAUUAUUAUAUUUCUUCCUCACCCCUAAUUUCGUGUCUAUCUUUGACUUUUACUGGUUUGUUUCACAUUUGCCGGAAUCUCUGGUUUCUUGAUAUCGCUUUCUUUUUCUUCUUUGAGUGGUGUUUAAAUAGGGCCCUGUUGUACGCAGUCUCCUUUGAUCCUUCCUUUUUUUUGGGUAAACAAUACGUAGAAGGGGGAAAAGUGCGCAUAAUGUGUCGAUGCUUGGGAUUCGCAAGCUUGCUCUGCGUGGUACUGUCCGCUUUAUUACCGUAGCCCAACUGCUACUGAUGAAUCAGAAACACUACGCUGCUUGUAGCAAUAGCUGGAUUUAAGGUCCAUGACAGUUUGCUUGUUUUUACCUGCCUUUCAAUAUGC